UUUGAGUGACGUCAGUCAGGUCAAGAUAGGCGUGGGAACGUUUCAKCUUAAACUUUUGCUCGACUCGGAAAGCAGCUCAUUUUGUCUUUUUUUUGCCGACCUAACAAGUGCGGCCCAGUUAUUAUCGAAUGUGCUGUGUUCGUGUGAGACAUGGGCCGAGAGAAGGACGCUAAAGGGGACGGAAAGCACAAGCUCAAGGCAAAGAAAAAGCUGAGCGACCACCAUGARAGCGCAGGUGUCGUGGGCGACCUCGUCAAGAACAGAACGAAGACAAGUAGAUCCAAAGAGAAGACACAAAAAGCAAAGUCUCCCAACAAGGUCAAGACAGAAGCCCAGGCAUCAGUCAGCAGUUCCAGUGACUCUGUAAAACAAGAGCCACACAGUGAUGACUUUACUGUGAGUAAAGGUGUGAAGAGGAAAAGGAUUAAGGAUGAACCAACAGAAGGGACUUCACAGUCUGCUGCAUCACCUACCUCAAAGAGGAAAGAUAAGCAACAUGGKCACAAAGAAGAAAGUGAAGUAGAAGCUCAGAAAAAUAAGUCCAAAGUGAAAACAGAAAAAACAGUAAAGAAAGAGGAAGGAGAACCUCCGGUCUCAAAAAAAGUGAAGAGGACAAAGGAGGAGGUGGAGGAAGCAAGACGGCUGAAGAUCAAAAAGAAGGAAGAGGAGGAGCAGAGUCGCUGGAGAUGGUGGGAGGAAGAGAAGUAUGAAAGUGGAGUGAAAUGGAAGUUCUUGGAGCACAAUGGACCCUACUUCCCUCCUGAGUACCAGCCUUUCCCGGACAACAUUAACUUCUGCUAUAAUGGGAAGAAGGUGAAGUUGAGUCUGGCAGCAGAGGAAGUGGCGCUUUUCUUUGCCCAGAUGUURGACCAUGAGUACACAACGAAGAAGGUGUUUCGGGAGAACUUCUUUAAAGACUGGAGGAAGGAAAUGACGUCAGAGGAGAGGUCACUGAUUCAAGAUCUUGAAAAGUGCGACUUUGGAGAAAUCCACGCCAUGCACAAAGCCAAAGUGGAAGCUAGAAAAAACAUGAGCAAGGAGGAGAAAUUGGCUUUGAAGGAAGCCAAUCAGAAGAUAGUGGAGGAAUAUGGCUUCUGUCUGCUGGAUCACCACAAAGAACGAAUUGGAAAUUUCAAGAUUGAGCCACCAGGUUUGUUCCGAGGAAGAGGCGAACAUCCCAAACAAGGAAUGCUGAAGAAAAGGAUCCAACCUGAAGAUGUCAUCAUCAACUGCAGCAAAGAGUCCCGGAUCCCCGUACCACCCGCUGGUCACCGCUGGAAGGAAGUACGACAUGACAACACUGUGACAUGGCUCGCCAGCUGGACGGAAAAUAUCCAGGGCUCAAUUAAAUACAUCAUGCUCAACGCAAACUCUAAACUCAAGGGAGAGAAGGAUUGGGAAAAAUACGAGGUUGCUCGGAAACUGAAGUCAUGUGUGGACGACAUUCGGAACCAGUACCUCCAUGAUCUCAAGUCUAAACAGAUGGUGACACGCCAGAGAGCGGUGGCUCUGUACUUCAUAGACAAGCUGGCUCUGAGAGCUGGUAAUGAAAAGGAGGAGGGGGAGACUGCAGACACAGUGGGUUGCUGCUCUCUUCGGUUCGAGCACAUCACCUUACACGAGCAGCUGGAUGGUAACGAGUACGUGGUGGAAUUUGAUUUCCUGGGUAAAGACUCCAUUCGCUAUUACAACAAGGUUCCAGUCAUCAAGAAGGUUUUCAAGAAUCUCAAACUUUUCAUGGAGAACAAGGAACCUGGAGAUGACCUCUUCGACCGUCUGAAUACGAGCCUUCURAACAAACAUCUGAGCUCUCUGAUGCCUGGUCUGACUGCAAARGUUUUCAGGACUUAUAACGCCUCCAUCACCCUGCAGCAGCAGCUGAAAGAGCUCUCRAACAAAUCUGACAAUGUGGCAGAGAAAAUGCUGUCCUACAACCGGGCCAACAGAGCUGUCGCUAUUCUCUGUAACCACCAGCGGGCGCCACCAAAGACCUUCGACCAAUCAAUGGCAAACCUUCAGGCCAAGAUUGAUGCUAGGAAGGAACAGCUGGCUCUCGCUAAAACAGAGCUGAAACAGGCCAAGAAGGAAGCAAAGACCAAAGGCAGCUCAGACCCUAAACUGCAAAGUUUGGUGGAGCGAAAGAAGGCAGCAGUGAAGCGCUGUGAGGAGCAGCUUCUGAAGAUGGAGGUCCAGGCAACUGACAGAGAGGAGAACAAACAGAUUGCUCUGGGUACCUCAAAGCUCAACUACCUGGACCCACGRAUCACUGUGGCCUGGUGUAAGAACAUGGAGGUGCCUAUAGAGAAAAUCUACAAUAAAACCCAACGAGAGAAGUUUGCCUGGGCCAUCGACAUGACGGAAGCAGACUUUGAGUUCUAAAUCUUCACUUCUGAAACUCCAAAAUCAUAAACUGACUCCAUUAUACAACCAAGGAACCUUUUUACUUUAUAGAACAUACUAGAAAUGCAAUAUUAGACUGAAGAUGGGCUGCAGAGUGGUACAAUCAAGCUUAAUGUUAUUGUUCACUACUGUUUUUUGUUUUUGCUUUGGGCUCUUAUUUUGCCAAAAUUUGCAUAUUGUUUAUUUUUUUAUUUUAAUUUUUUUCAAUAAAGGUUCCUACUUGGCAAAGUGAAGAUGUGAUAUUGUCAAAAAAAUUAGAUUUUGUAGAUAUGGUUGU